AUGCUAAGACUUUCUUUGGCUGCUGGUGAAUUGGAACGACCACUUGUUGGUCAAUCAGAAGCUGUUAUAUUAGAUUUAUGUUUACGUGAUCGUUAUUUACCUCAUUUAAUGUGCUGUGUCUGUAUUGAUGAAAUUGAUUCACUUGCUCCACGUCGUGAUGAAGAUUCAAGUGAAGGCAAAGUUGUCGGACGUCAAUAUACGGCAUCCCAUUAUAAUCAACAACGUACACAUUGGUUUGAGAAUAAGGAUCAAUUGAAUUCACAUAAGGGUACAGAUGCAGUACAACCAAUAACACUUGAUAAUAUAUAUUCAACAUGUUUACAAUCGUUAAAUGUAUCUACUGAAGAUGGCCACAGAAAAUAUCAUCUAGUGUUUAAUGUAGAUGAAGCAAAUUACGGUCUGUUGAAAUCUUGUGGAAAUGUUCCCGAUGGAUGUGCAGAUGAUUGUUUCUUUGGUGUAUCAAUUGAUAAUUUGAAGCCCUAUCAGCAAGACCAACCGAAUAAUAGUACAGUUUCAAUGGAAUCAAGAAGAAAAAAUCUGACUGGUGGUGAAAAAGUCAAAAAGCCUAUCAAAGAUAAAAAAGUCAAAAAGAUUAACAAUGAUAACAAAAUCAAAAAAGAUUAA